UUGUAUGAGAAUUAAAUUUCUUGGUGAUUGUUAUUAUUGUGUUAGCGGUAUGCCUGUUAAUAGGCCUAAUCAUGCGGAUAUGUGUGUUCUUAUGGGCCUGGAGAUGAUAAAAACAAUAAGACAAGUUAGAUUAGCUACAGGAGUUAAUGUGGAUAUGAGAAUUGGAGUACAUAGUGGCUCUGUUCUAUGUGGAAUUUUGGGUUUACGUAAAUGGCAGUUUGACGUCUGGUCUGAUGAUGUUACUUUAGCUAAUCAAAUGGAGACAACUGGGAAACCUGGAGCUUUACAUAUCAGCAACAAAACAAAAGACAGCCUUAUAGACAAAUAUAAUAUACUUGAAGCGCCCCCUUUGGAUGAACAAAUAUUUAAAUCUAAUAAACACAAAACUUAUUUUAUUUUGCCUGAUAAUUAUUAUAAUGAUUUUGAGAGGCCUUCAAAUAUUUGUAUAAAUAAGAGGCUACCCCUCAGAAUGUAAUUUAUCUCAAAUCCAAGCCAAAACUAAUUUUGAUGAAAAUCACCUACUUCCAAUACGUGAUGAUUUUACUAGACACCACAGAGCUAUUUCAAUGAAAGCUAAGGGUGUUAAAAUGGCGGAAUAUUGGGGGGAACAGACAAGGGUACUUGGACCUUUGUCUACAACACCCAAUGUUAAAAGAAAAUUUAGAAAUGAAAUAAAUGAUAAAAAUAAAGAAAAUAAACAAAGUGGAUAUACAGGUG